AUGUCCCCCACGGAGCCUGGCGAUGUUCGCUGUGCGAGGCUCUGUACGGAGCCAGGUCCUGCCAGCACCCACAGCCGAGCAGAAGACACCAUGCCAUCGGCUCUGGGCAUCGCCCUCUUGUAUGCCCUGCUCACCCCAUCAUUAAGCGAGACAAAAGAUGCCGUCCUCAGGCUCAGUAAAGGUGUUUUAAGCAAUGGCUCGCUCAGGCAAGGCAAUGCCCUCCAAGGUGCUCUCAGCGAGGUGCCGCUCGGAAGUGGACGUCCCAGCACAGAUGGAAGUGGAGACCUGUUGGGUGGCCUUGGAGGAGGUCUUCUUGGUGGUGGUGGUGGUCUGCUUGGUGGGGGUGGCCUUCUUGGCAGAGGAGGGCUGCUGGGAGACGGCGGCCUGCUCGGCAUCCUUGGGGAAGGCGGCUUGCUCAGCACCGUCCAGGGGCUCACCGGAGCCCGGGUGGUGGAGACGGCUCCGGUUUGCCGCGAAGCGGUUGCUCCUCUGAAGCUUGCUCUCUUCCCCUUGCGCAGCCUCCUGGGUUUGCUUGACAUCGCGGUGGAAGUGAACAUCACAUCAAGGGUCGGGCUCACCAUGGAUGGCACAGGCUACCCCAAACUGGUGACAGAGAGAUGCAAUACCCUCCUUGGCGGCAUUAAAGUCAGACUCCUGAGAGGCCUAGUCCCAGUUGUGGAUAAUUUAUUGGCAAGUGUCCUGAAUAGACUUCUUCCUAAUCUGCUCUGCCCUGUGGUUGACGUUGCCCUGGGACUCGUCAAUGACCAGCUGGGUCUUGUGAACUCACUGGUGCCCCUGGGUUUGCUGGGCACUAUCCAGUACACUGUGUCCAGCCUCCCGCUGGUAACCGGCCAGUUCCUUGAGGUCGACUUGAAUACUGUCGUCGGGCGAGCGGCGGGAGGCCUGGUGGACUAUCCGCUGGGAAAGCCAGAAACUGUCCCCACACCACCAUGGGUCCCCAUGCCACCCCUGCCACCGAUGGCAGACACCAGCUCCUCCCAGCUGGGCCUCUCCGUGAACUUCCUCGGCUCCGUGCUCUCGGUCCUGCAGAAGGAGGGUGCCCUGGACCUGGACAUCUCCACCGGCAUGUUUCCCGAGCUCCCACCACUAACAACAUCGACCCUUGGAGCCCUGGUUCCUGCGGUUUUCAAGGCGUACCCCGAGUCACAUGAAUUGCUGCUGAAAAUUGCAGUCCCUGAAGCACCGGUGGUGACUUUAAAGAAAAAUAAAGGUGUGAUCCAGCUCACGGCUACAGCAGAGGUGAUGGUGAUCCACCCACAUGAUGUCCAGAAGUCUCUCUGCCUUCUGAAUAUUGACACCUCCUUGCUGGCCCGGUUUUCAGUCGAGGACAACAAACUGAAGAUCAAUGUCAGCCUGGAGAAGGCUGAUCUCUCCUUGGCGUCUUCGUCCAUCGGUGGUUUUGAUGUCUCACUCCUGAAGAUGCUCGUUGGCCAGAUUUUCAACAUUGCCUUCCUACCUGCAAUGAACAGCGUGCUGGGAGCCGGGGUUCCCCUCCCCAGGCUGCUGAACAUCGACUUCACCAACGCAGACAUCGACGUCAUGGAAGAUCUCAUCGUGCUGUCGGCGUGA